AUGUCUUGGUUAUUUACAAGAGAAAAAAAGGAAAAUCAAGAUACUCUGGCAAAACCUGUUGAAAAUGAAGCCUCCCCGGGAUCCUCUGCUUCGGAUAUCCUCUCUCAGUCAGAAUUUGAUCCCGCAAAGCUUCAUCCUUUGGCAGAAUUAGAUAAGCCUUUAGACUAUUUGCUUAUUGAAGAAGAUGCCUUAAGCGCUUUGCCUGGUGAUAGUAUGGCUCUCCCUUCUCGUGGUUGGCAAGACGAUCUUUGCUACGGAACUGGUACUUCGUAUUUGACCGGUUUAGCCGUUGGUGGUGCAUGGGGUUUAAAUGAAGGUCUUAAAAAAACUAGAGACAUCUCUUCUACUAGACUUCGUUUGAACGGUGUUUUGAACGGUGUCACACGCCGUGGUCCUUUUGUCGGAAACUCUCUUGGUGUGCUCGCCAUUGUGUACAAUGGAAUCAACUCCUUUAUCGGUUACAAGCGCGAAAAGCAUAGCUGGGAAAACAGUGUUGCUGCUGGUGCUGUAACUGGUGCUCUUUACAAGUCUACUCGUGGCGUGCGUGCAAUGGCCAUCAGUAGUACCUUGGUGGCUUCUGCUGCUGGUGUUUGGGCUUUUGUCAAAAAGACUUUGACGAGCAAGAAGGAUUAA